AUGGUCAUUCAAUCAAUGGCCAAAACAAAGUGGGUCCGCACAAAGCUAACAACAGUCCAAAAGUCUGCAUGCCAUGAAAAGUUCAAGAACUUGACAAAUGCACUCACCACAGCAAAGGAUGUUUACCAGGAGGAAGCACAGACUGUUGCCCAAGAAUAUGGCCGCCUUGUAGAGGCCAUAUCUACAACAUGCCUUAAAGUGCAGUUUGAUGCACAACUCAUGCUAAACACCUCUCCAGUCAUUCCCUAUGUGAAGCGCUGUGGAAACAACAACCUUGCUGGGUGGCAAGAAAAGGUUGGGUCAAGCUAA